AUGGCACAUUCAGAGCAGUUCCUCAGCCCCGAGACAAACCGCCCAGGGACGCCUUCGCCUUCACAGCCUUCAUCCCCUGUUACCUUGGACCACCCUCUUCUCCAAGAUGAUACUCGCUCGGUGCAUAGUAAUCGCCCUAACACUCGGCCGCCUUCGCUUCAGUACUUGAGUCCUCCUAGUCCGAAUGCUAUUGGCACACAAACGCUACCUCUUCCAAGCCCUUCAUCGCCUUCAUUUUAUCGACCACAUUCUAUCCACUCUAAUCACUCCUCACCAAGUAUCGCUCGUUCAUCAGCUUCAACUAGGCCCCCUAGCCUCAGAAGCAUGGAUAGUAGGAUAAGCGAAUAUCGCAAGCAUACCGGCUCAGGGAGUUCUGUACGCGUGGAACGGUAUUUUCCUGCCGUUUCUCCCUUGAACGAUACGUCCAGUAGGGGAACGGCCAGCCAGCAGUUUCAGCCUCACCCGUCUCACGGUCAACCUCUACUUGCGGAUGGGGAGCGGAUAGUGGCGCUUCCUCUUGACGGCCAACGUAACUCAAUAAUGACUGGGACAACCAACGUCGCUGGGCUGUCUAAUGCUGUUGCGGGAGAAGAGGCAUACACCCUGAACAUUGAUCCUAUGCUACCCACUGGCUUGAAGCGAUACGACUUGCGUAGACCUGACGAAGAAGAACCGGAUGACUCGGUUCCACGUCUGACUGCAUAUUACCCUGAUCACGAAUCAGACUACCCGCAUCGGCAGUGGAACCCCAUUCCAGAGGGCUGGCAAAUAUGUACGCACCCAGAAGGAGCAGUCUUUUAUUACCAUGAGGGAUUGAGGACGUUUACGGACGUAAACGUGUGCAAAGAGGAUAUCCACGUGGAUAUAAUGUUUUAUGCUGGCCAUUUUUGGGAUAAACUCAUGAUGCUUCUCGGCGAAAACAGUUGUAAUAUCAAAGACCAUCAGAAGCAAAUCCUCAAAAGUCAGAGUAUGCUUGUGGUUGAACCUCAGCUCAACGAAGCCGGGGAUGAGGUGAUCAUUCGCUACUACUUUGUCAACCCCGACGGUCAGAGCGUAUUCUGGCUUCACGAUAUGAACCACGAUUUCUUCGUCUCAACAGAGCUCGCAAUUACCGCGCUUUACUGGAAACAUUGGGAUAUGUACCCAGUUCAAUGCGAUGUCAACGAGACUCUCGUGCAUAAAAUUAAGAACAUCAUUCUCCAUGCGAAAUGUGACCAUACCACUUCCAGAUUUGCUGCCGGGCUGACCCCAACAGAAAUAAACGACUGCUUGUCGAUCCUCUCCAACAUCAAAGCGGACUGUGCCGAAACGGGCAUGCAUGUCGCGUGUACUAUCGGUCGAAUAAUGUUCACUAUAACAUAUUAUCAGUACAUCAAUUUUCAUGGUCAGCCGUGCGCACGGCUCAACUCAAACGAUAGCGUGUAUGGAUGGAAGUAUCAGCGGUCGCUGUGGAUGAAAGUCUGUUCAUGGCUUCUGUUUCGUGCACCUGACUCCUACAUCACAAUGUUACAUGAUAUAUACGUGGACUCCAUAGCGAACAAAUAUACGUGGCGCAACUUCAUUACAGAGCUCAUCACGCAGCUACAAGACUUCAAUCUUCUCGCUACCGUCCUACUGAACGCGAACGUUGGAUUCCUCGCCAUACAGAGCGUCGACGGAAGCUCUGGAGAACCACGCUCCUGGACACAAAUUGCCAGCUAUUGGUCCUUGACAUCUAGCAUAGGAAGUAUUGUUCUCGGCGCAUUCCUUGUUCGUUUCCAUCAAGGAUCCGUUCACAAAGACGCCGAAGCUGUGGCGAAAUUCCUGAACAAAAUGCAUUCUCAACGGAAUGGUCUCGAGCGUCUGGCUAUAGUCUACAGUAUUCCGAUUGUCGCAUUCUUCUCCGCCUUUGUCAUCGAGUCAUGCCAGAAAGGACAACGCCGCGACCUUGUUUGUGUCAGCACUGUUUUCGGGAUCACAUUGACUCUCAUCGUGUACGGCAUAUCGACCAUCCUCCACGGCUCCUGCAACAGGGGGAUCCUGGAAAGGCUUUCGUCCGUCACCUUCAAAUUUCCUCGUCGUCAAAAUGUUGCGGUUGCUUCCUCCUCAGACGAUCCGUCUAUUAGCUCUCACAGCAGAGCGCUUGCAGAUCACGUCAAGACACAGUGGCAUGGUGCCUUUGGCGAUGAAAGUUCGGUAGCAAGGAGUCAUCGCGAAGAAGCUUCGGCUGAAACGGCUCAGGAUUUUGCCAUGACUCCCGUUCACGUACCACGUUUCACCCUCACUAGCCCAGAGGAACAGCAUCAAAGCCAUGAGCUACCUCUACACCGGUCCCGAAGCUCUCCUACCUAG